CCUAACAAACAGGAAUGCGAAAUGUUAUUCUGUUCAUGUCAUAAAUGCAAUGAGAACAAAAGCAUAUUUAUUUUUGAUAAAAUAUCAGCUAUUCAACCCAUUCUUAAAACACUCAAAGAUGCUUUAUAAUGAAAUCCGUCAUUCCCAUUCAUGCACAGACUCACAUGCAGAAACGUAUAAUUUUCUAGGUAUUUAAAGGUUUGGUUAAACUUUUGGUCUGGAAAACCCUGAUUCCAAGUUUUAAGAAACUUAUGUUGGUAAUUUUCUAUUUGUAUGUAGAACAAGUUAUUUAGUAAAAGUUCUUUUACAUUUGUGCAUCAUGUUCAGGUCAGGUCAGUGCCAAAGAAAGCAUUUCCUAAAGCCAUAUCGGCCAUAGACACAUCGCUCUGACCUCUGAUAUCAUGAAGGUUAUGGAGAAGCUGAUACAAGUGCACCUGAGGACACAGGUUCGCUGAGCUCAGGAGGAUCAUGGACAGCAGUUGGUUCUGCACUGUGACAGACAUGGAGAGUCAGGAUAGAUAUGUGUGCUACACCCGCAGGAAGGGAGGAGGAGGAGGACUCUGUAUUAAUGUGACGGACACAGUAGCUGUUUGGAGCACAGACUGCUCUGAGGACGUCCUGAAGCCGCAGGUAGAUUCCCGUCCUGUAUCUCCUACCAGCUCCCCCCAUCUGACUCCACUGUCCCCUCAGGGACACGGGCUGGCCCUGAAAUCCACAGAGGAUUACAUCUUUAGGUUCAGGACUUCAUGCCUCAGUGGGAAUGUGAGAGUUGUGGUUCAGCAUACCAGGGCAGCUCUUCAUGUGGGCUCUUGGCCAGACGGACUCAGUAUGACCCUCACCAGGAUGGAGGCUCCUCAGGCCACAGAGGAGCUCAAGGAGCUGCUCUUCACCAUGGCUGACACACUUGCACAGCUUGACAGCGGGAGCUCAGCUGGGAAUCCUUUGAAGAGCCUGCAGCGAUCCCCAGCAGAUUUGAAACCCCGACAGCAGCAACAGAACGGCGCUGCGACUGUGACCAAGAGGAGGCUUCCUGGGGCUUCACUGAUCAACCCCGGCACUAAGAAAAAGGUGCAAGUGACCGGCGUAGCCUUUGAUGAUGAAGAUGAAGUCUGAUUUAUUUUCAUGAUUUUUUUUAUGUUUUAAAGGUGUCUAAACUUUGAGGGACUUGUCUUUUUAAUCACCCAAAGUAGCACUGAUAUUGUACUUUUAUUAAAUGUUUUUAAUUUGGAUUAUAAUAAACUUUGUCAUUAUAAAGGACAUGAAAUAAAUAUAUGGAUUAUGAGAUUAGGUGCCUUCUCUUACAAAAGGUUAAUUCAUGCAACACACAGUUGCACAUGAGCAACAUGAGCACUCAUACAUAAUAACAUGGGAAUUGUGGAUCAAGUGCACAUGGUCCAUUCAGUGGGCAGAAACAGUUCACUUUGUUUAUCCUUGCUUUAAUUGGAACAUGGCAUUCUUUUAGUUUUAAAUUCUAUUCUUUAAGUUCAGAGUGUUGGUGAAUGCUGGAAUUGUAAUGUAAAAUGGAUUAUGCCAAAAAAUGAAAUAAAAAUGAACAAAAUUGCUGAUGUACAUGCACCAAACGAAGGAUCAUUUGGUGCCAUUUGUUAGGAUUCAUGUCAACAUUUCUGUGCUGGAUCACUGGUGACUAAUAACUUGUGACAAGAAACACAAGUUAUUUAUCAUAAUGACUGGAAAAAUCUGGAAUUGAUUUGGUCAUUUUCCAGGACUGAAUCAGUACAGAAAAAUAAAAUGACAAUAGCAAAAUGAUUUUAUUAUAUUAUGAAGAUGUUGUAUUCUUAAUUCCUUUCCUUCUUCUCUAUGACCUUCCCUCUUUCUGUUUUUUUACUUCCUUGUAUCUUCUCUUUGUCCUCCCUCUUCUCUCUGUCUUUUGAAUCCUCUUUCCAUUCCUACUUUUGUUGUCCCUCGUUUGUGUCUUUCUGUGUUCUUUCCUUAAUUUCUUUUCAUGUCCUUUUUGUUCCCAUAAACUUAUUUAUGGGAAAUAAAUUAAUGGGAAAUUUAUUUCCCAUAAAUUCAUAGUGAAGUUAUUUGCAUUUUAUGUUAAAUGGGCUGUAAAGGCCUCUGAAC